UCACAUGCAGAUAAGUACUGUACAAGUCGAGCGAGCGGCAUCGCAAUCGCUGCUGUUUUGAGAGGGAGCCAAGUUGAAGGUCGCCGAUUUAGCAAUCCUUUGGUGUUUCGGUUUCUCGGUUCUGGCUAUUAGAGGUGAGUGUUGUGUGAACUGCUUCUGCUGAAAUGGCGAGUUGGCUGGUAUCAUCAAGGUGGUUGGGGGGCAGCGGUUCAAAGGAUUCAGUGGCUUCGUGGGCGAGUGUUUGCUUGCCUUUCGCCCAUGAUGAACUCUUUUCGACCGCAUAUCCUUUUUUAUGGGGAUUCGCCAGUUCAUGUGAGCCUAUAGGUCCGUACGCAAAUGUGAGUUCAACGCCAAAAGUAGAGAACCUUGGCUGCUUUGCAAACAGCUACACUCCACCUCGCCCGUACAGACGGCACUUUGAGACUUAAUCAUGGGCGUCAGUGGAGGCAACUGAGCUGAA